CUCCGAGAAACCGCUUCAAACAUCGCCGAUCCGAGAAAACGCGAGAAGCUCCUCCGUGAUGCCUAUGACAAGGAAGUCGAGGCCCAUGGCGCCAGCAAGAAGGCUAGGAUGCUGGCGAGCGGUGCUUUUCAGGGCGGCGUCGGUGGUGCUGGCAUAGGUACGGCUGUGGGAGCUGGCGUUGGCACUGUGGUCGGGACAUUGGUGGGAGGUGUGACUGCGAUACCUACGACGGGGUUGGGAGCGUUGGUGGGCAGUGGCGUAGGGGCGAUUCACGGGCCGUGGAUCAAGUUGCCU